AAGGGCUUCUCGGUCGACUGCGGCACGUUUGGCAGGCAGCUGCUGCCGGAGCGUUGCAUAAGCUCACGAAGAGAUCGAUCGCUCGCUCGCUCGCUCACCCAUUUGCCUUUCCACUAUGGCAGCAGCAGCGAAGAAAGUCUGCAUCGUCGGAUCUGGAAAUUGGGGAUCUGCCAUUGCCAAGAUAGUGGGUGCCAAUGCCGCUCGGAAUUCCAAAUUUGACAACACAGUUAAAAUGUGGGUGUUUGAGGAGUUGGUGAAUGGGCGCAAACUGUCUGAAAUAAUCAACACUGACCAUGAGAAUGUGAAGUACCUUCCUGGGCACAAGCUACCAUCAAAUGUGCUGGCAGUUCCGGACCUGUUGGAGGCAUCCUGUGAUGCAGACAUUCUGGUGUUUGUCAUCCCGCACCAGUUUAUUGGGAAAGCCUGUGACACCAUGAAGGGCAAGAUAAAGAGUGACACACUGGGCAUAUCUCUAAUCAAGGGAGUCGACGAGGGGCCUGAUGGGCUUAAACUAAUCUCUGAUGUGAUCCAGGAGAAGCUCGGUAUUACAAUGAGUGUGCUGAUGGGGGCCAACAUUGCCAACGAAGUAGCUGAUGAAAAGUUUUGUGAGACCACCAUCGGAUGCAAGAAUGAAACCCACGGGGCUCUUCUAAAGGAACUCAUGCAGACCAACAAUUUCCGUGUGACUGUCGUGCAGGAGGAUGAUGUCGUGGAAAUCUGUGGAGCUUUAAAGAACAUUGUUGCCGUCGGGGCAGGUUUCUGUGAUGGUCUGGGUUUUGGGGACAACACAAAAGCGGCAGUGAUCCGGUUGGGUCUGAUGGAGAUGAUCGCGUUUGCCCGCAUUUUCUGCACUGCCGGUCCCGUGUCCUCUGCAACUUUUCUGGAAAGCUGCGGCGUCGCUGAUCUCAUCACAACCUGCUACGGUGGCCGUAAUCGCAAGGUAGCCGAAGCCUUUGCGAAGACAGGAAAGUCCAUUGAGGAGCUGGAAAAAGAAAUGCUGAAUGGUCAGAAGCUGCAAGGACCGGCGACUGCGGCUGAGGUCUAUCUCAUCCUCAAGCACAAAAACUUGGUUGACAAGUUCCCACUGUUCAAUGCUGUCUAUCAGAUCUGCUACCAGGGCCAUCCAGUCACAGAGUUUAUCAGCUGCUUGCAAAACCAUCCAGAGCACAUGUAAAACGCAAACAAACUGACCAAGUGCCUUCUACAUGGAGAACGUUACCAAGUCAUCUGUUACUCAUCCAAAACGUGAGGUGACCAGUCACUCCACAGCUGUCAUGAAACACAGUGACCCUCGCGUUCACUCCAUGGAGACAUGUUGCAUAACAUUUGUUUUUAAGUCAACCACUUUGUCCUUAACCAUGGCUUAAAGUGCUUUUACAGUUCAUGAAUCAUGCUGAAGCUUGAAAGAUUUUUUUUGUUUCCCCACGUUUAGGCUCGAUAGGUCUUCUUCCCUGUGGCUUGAAACAAAAAGACAAAUCCAGAUUCCCUUAAUCUCAUAGUUGACUCCCACUGCUAGGAGGUAGUCAACAUUGACUUGGCGGGAUUUAGUCUGUCUUUCCUUCACAAAAUAACAUUGUACAAUGUUUAUGGGGCAUCAAAGCCCGCAUUCAGAUUUUGAUGGCCAGGCAAUACAAUAUUUAUCAACGUAGUCGGCGCCGAGGCGGAACAAUGCCUUCCAGUGGACUCCUGUCGAUUACAUGUAAUUUCAUCAUAAUGUAGCCCUGCUUAAUGUCUUAGUAGCUUUUUGUGUCCCCAUUUCCCCUCUUGUACUUUAUAUCAACUACGCACAGAAACUGUUUUUAUUAAACGCAAGUGCCUUACCAUG